AUGAGUGACUUUCAACGCUCAUUCCUCAAAGCAAAGCUCGCAAAUCUCCCCCUCGAGCCUCCGAUGCCUCGGAAUGCCCCGCCACCGCAUCUCUCAAUGUUUGAUGAAGCCGAAGAAGAUGCUGCGUUAGGUUACGAUGCAUUCCGCGGUGAAGUCCCAUCAUCACCAAUAAACGACGACUCUUCCUCCGCUUCCUCUGCUUCAUCCACAUCAACCAUACGUCCUGGCCUGUUCACAAGACCUGAACUGCCUAAACGAAAGUCAACAACUUUCGAGCCACUCGCCUGGAGUUCCUACUUCUCCCAGAAGCUAUAUCUUCACUCCCCUUCUACCGACUGCACCUACCAUGCCUAUAUCACUCCCCCGCUUCCCUCUGGUCCUCUCUUUGUAACUCACCAUGGUGCUGGCUCAUCCGGCCUUUCAUUCGCACUUCUAGCAUCCUCCAUUCGGUCACUCCUUCCCUCUGCUGGUAUCCUUUCUUUCGACGCCCGUGGCCAUGGCGAGACGAAAACAACUAAGGACGAAGACUUAUCUCUCUCAACACUUUCAGGGGACCUUGUAUCUAUCGUUAACCUCUGUAGAGUGCGCUGUGGAUGGGAUAAGAUUCCAGACCUCAUACUAGUUGGCCAUUCUCUCGGUGGAGCUGUAGUGGCCGAGGUUGCAAAGAGCUUUGCCCUAGGCGAGAGAGUGUUGGGAUAUGCAGUGCUGGAUGUGGUUGAAGGGAGCGCAAUUGAUGCGCUGCAGAGUAUGCAAACAUACCUUUCUACUAGGCCAUUGGGAUUUUCAUCAAUGGCACAGGGCAUCGAAUGGCACACCCGUUCCCGCACAAUACGCAACCAAACCUCUGCGCGUAUCUCGGUCCCAGCACUCCUUAUCGAGGCAGAACCCGCCAGCCCUAAGCCAUGGCGCUGGCGUACCGACCUAGGAGCAACCCAGCCAUUCUGGGAAGGCUGGUUCGUAGGAUUGAGUAAGAAGUUUUUAGAAGCGCGGGGAGGAAAGCUAUUAGUGUUGGCAGGCACUGAUAGACUUGAUCGAGAGCUCAUGAUAGGACAAAUGCAGGGAAAGUAUCAACUACUUGUGCUACCUGAGGUAGGGCACUUUGUACAUGAGGAUGCGCCGGAGAAGUGUGCAAGCGCUUUGGUGGAUUUUUACAAGCGGAAUGAUAGAUCCGCCUUGGUCCUUCCCCCAAAGGUUUCGGACAUGUAUAAAUAG